CAGUUUUCAUCAGGAAAGUAACUGCGGAAAGACGUAAGACUUAAGUUACCUUCUCUCGUUUUUAUACGGACUAUCAGCCUUAUCAACAGUACUUCCGGAGCAUUCAUUGUGUUGCGGAUUUCACAUAGUGUGUUUUCUACUAUGCAUGAUCACUAAUACAAUUAUUAUAAACAAUGCCCAAGUAAGUUUCCAGUAUUUCAAAUUAUUUUACAGGCAUAGUUGUAAAUUAUCCAUUCUCAAUGUUCUUAGUAGAGGAAUAAUUGAUUUCGGGAUUGCUAAAUACAAUUAGACUCUUUUUCUCACGUCACAAGAUUUCAGUCUAACUCUACUCUAAACUACACUACUUCACUGUUCAGUGUUCAUUGUUAAAUAAAUUUAAAUAGUAAUAAAUACUAAAUAAGAUAGUUAAAAUUUAAAAUAUUAUAAUAGUAGUUAGUAGUUAAAAUAUUAUAAUAGUAGUUAGUAGUUAAAAUAUUAUAAUAGUAGUUAGUAGGCAUAAGCCAUAAGCCUAUAAUAGCCUAUUCACACCUGAGCUUGAGACUUGACAACUCUUCAACUAACAAAGAAGGCCUGUAACUGUAGUAGUUGUGCUUAGUAGUAGAAAUUAGGGGAAAACCUUUUUUAAAAAAAAACACAAAAGAGCGGACGUGUCGGCAAAGGCCUUUGUCGCACAUUACUCUCAGACUUCACACAGCAUAAAUUAAGUUAUUUUUAAUUUAAAUUUUAUUUUUUUAGCCGUUUUGCUGAAACAUUCACAGUUUUGUUAUGUCUCCUAUUUUGUUUUACGAAGUGUCUACACGUCCGGCGCGCCGGACAAAUAGUGCGCGAGAUAUACGUCCGCGGCAUGUCACGUGACGGCUAGUAGUUGUUAUUAUUCCGAACGAAAUGCGAUUUGGGAGAUAUUGUGUGGUCUUAGUCUUGUAGUAGAGUGGUCGCAUGGCGUUAUCAUGAUUUGAGGAUCAAUACCUGGUGUAGGAUCUUUUUUUCCCCCCAUUUUAAUUAAAAAUAUUUUAUACUAUAUUUAUAUUAUCAUGUUCGUUCAUCAGCAACAGUAGUUCCUUGAGAAAUUUUAAAAUAUUUUGUAGCAAUUUAAACAAUUUAAAAUGAAAUCUUUGACUUUUAUUGGUGCUCCUACUCCAAACUGGCCCCUAAUUUAUUUUAUGGAUUACUGGUACACAAACUCAAAUAACAAACUAAUCAAAAAUGUUUACAAGCAUCUUUCACUUUAGUUUUUUUCUAUUAUUUGCAUUCAAGAUACUCAGUACAUUACUUGGUAGAGAAAUAGAUUUUAAAAUUAACUAUAGUUUUGAAUCAUUCGCUGUCACGUGACAAGGCUGACCGACAAGACAUCUCUCGCCACUUUGUUACGGCGGUCAUGUGACUUAGUCGUCGGACAAAGAUAUGCGGGAGAUAUACGUCCGGCGCGCCAGAUGUAUAGACACUGCCUUUGUUUUAACCUAAACUAUGCUGUGUGAAAGGGGCUGUGUAAAUAUCAUGGUUAGUAGACCUACAAAAAAAAAACCUCUGAAAUGUAAGCUAUUCCAGUUUGAAACCCUGUCGCAGGCUGCAGUACUAAUUCUGAUAGCUCUACAACUCUACUCACUACUUAUUACAGUUACAGUAUAAAGUAGAGGCCUAAUGACAAUCCUAAAACUAAUAGGUACUUGGACAAUAUUUUUUUAAGUGAAAUAAUAUCUUUAGGGCCUAGUUAUUUAGAUAGUGCUUGAGAAAGUCAAUUGAUUGAUACCAAAUUUAUGGUUGUUGAUCAAUUCUAAAAAAAGCGAUGAUUUUAUUAAAUUAAAGUUUAAGGAAUUAGUUAGUAAGGCUAAGGGAUAACUCUGUGGUAAAUUUUGGGUUAACCAUGUGGGUUUGCCAAGAGUUGUCUCACAGUGACAUCACUUUGGGGAAUCCCAACAUCGGACUUAGACUUAGAGUGAAUAGACCAAUACUAAAUCUGACAAUACAUGCGGUUAAUAUGAAGUAUAUUAAAAUGAAAAUUUCCCAUUAAUUUUUAUGAAAAUUCAACUCACCAGUUUCAAAAGAAAUGAAAAAUUAAACACAUCCUCGCUGAUAAAACAAGACCGAACACUAAUGAGGGAAAAAAGAUAUAUGCUAAAAGUGCUGUCUUUCGAUUAUUUGAAAAUUAAAGUACCCAUCUGCUAAAACUUGGUAACAAAAGAGACUUCUACUUAAUUGUAUUUGGAAAUGGGUGUCUGUGCAAUAGCUUAGGAAAUAUUUGAUAACCUGUGUUUCAGAAUGAAUUAAGACAGCAUUCAAAGCGGAACAUUUCCAUUUAGGUUUAAAAACCAGAUAAAGUCCAUAUUAUAAAUUAUAAGUUUCUGUGUGCAAAAUCUCAAGAGUUUCAUUCAUAAGAGUUUGCCGUGUGACUGUGUGCAAACACUAUUUAUUUAAACCAUUGGUCAGGGAAAGUUUUAAUUAAUUUUCAUAUGUCAUAUGCAAAAGUUGAAAGUUCAAAAUAUUUUUAUACUUAAGUACCUAAUGAUUUCUAUAAUUUCAUGGGACAUUUCACCAUAAUUUCCCCCUACUUAAAAUACCAAAAUAAAAACAAAGAAAUCUUCUGGGAAGUCUCCUCCCCCAACCCCCUUUUUUUAAAAAAUAAGAAAACAAAAACUUGCAUUAAGUGAACUCAAACAUGAAUAUCAAAAGCUUUUGAAUAUGGCACUGUAGGCUGAAGUUGACCUGGGGGAAUAUCCGUGACCUAUAUACAGUAGAACACAGUGCUGACCUUACCGCUGACCCAAAAUCAGCCUAACUCUGUUAAUUGAGACAUUAAAAAAUAUAUAAAUAUAAGUGACUAAAAUAAAAACUGGGCAGAGACUUUUUGAGAGAACUGCCACUCUUUGACUACAUGCUUUUUCUUACUUUCAAGCUUUAAUAAAGAUUGGUAUCCAGGGAGGAAAUGUAGUUGUCAUACCCAAAUUGGUCACUGUUUAAUUUUGAAACGUUAAUCAAAUGGUACGGGUUUGGUGGGGAGGGGAAAUUUAUUGGUCAAUUCUUGUACUUUAGUUAUCAUGAAAUCGUGAGUGGUGGAGAAUGUAUAAAAAAAUAAAAUCUUAAUUCUAUUAGAUAUAUUUUUCAAAAAAUUUCUUGAUGAAAAAUCUGAAAACACUGUAUUGUUCAGCAUCCAAUUCUCUUUAAAAUCAUAUAUCAAUCAACCUAUUUUACACAGAAAUGACUGCUAACCACAUUUUUACCAACCUAUAUGGGGUAUUAUUCUGUAUUUUCAAGUGGACAAUAUGUUGAACCAGGGGCACGUAAAACUAUGAUGAUUUUUCACUAGCAGAAAAAGCAUUUAUCAAAGCACCUACUAUAUAUGUGGCUUACUAUAACUAAAGAAUACUAAGACUAAAUUAGAUUUAACUUCAUUGGGCCUAAGCCUAAAAAAAAUAGUGAUAGUCAUUAAUUAGGCGCUAUAGGAUUAAAUCAGGAGUUGCCUGUAACAUUAAAUAUUAUUGUUGCCCGCCAGAUGUAGGAUGUAUCACAAAUAAAAUUGUCAUCUGCAUUCAACUUUUUCUUCUUCUUCUUAUAAAUGAAUUAAAUGCACAUUUGUAAUUAAUGAAUUAAAUGAGUUAUGUUUUAUUUCAGUUAAAUCUAUACAUUUCAUUUUAAACUUCCAUUAAAAAUAAAUUAAGUUUUAUUUGUUUUGUAUCUUUAUUGGAAAAUAGUUUUGUGAACAUUUAUGGGCAAAUGUAUCUUUUAAAAACUUAGAAAUGAUAAUCCUAUGAACAUUUAAUUAAAUGAUGCUGUCAAUAACGUAAGUUUAAUUUAAAUUUUUCAUUAAUUUUUUUUUUGUUCCAGAUAUUAUUGUGACUACUGUGACACAUACUUGACACACGAUUCUGUAAGUAUUUUAUCAUUUAACUUAAUGAUUAAAGCACGCACUAUUUAAAGAUACUUAUUCAGUUUCAUCAUCUAAGCAAAAUGAUUCAAUUUCAAGACAAAUGCUCAAUGUUAGAAAUAAUUUAUUUUAAAUACAAAAUUACAUGACACAAUUAAUUGAUAAUAAUUUCACCAUUCCAUUCUGUGAUUUAGCCCUCAGUUCGUAAAACUCAUUGCAAUGGGCGCAAGCAUAAGGAAAAUGUAAGGUUAUAUUACCAAAAAUGGCUGGAGGAGCAGGUACAGAAGCUUGUUGAUGACACAAGUAAGUUAAUAAGAUCCGCUGUAAUACUAAUGAUUUAUCACCUGCAAUAAAUGAAAAUAGAGUAAUAACUAUCCUAUAGACCUCUGGGUCGCGAAGAGUCAACAGAAAUUUUAGUUUUUAUAUUGAGUCUUUGAAAAAUGUAAACUAUUUCAUGAUACACAUGGUUUUUUUUAAUGUAUCUGGGUCAAAGGUUAUAUGUCACUUUGUCCUCUGUAAAUCAGGGUUGCGACUCUACAAAGGUUGGGAACCUGUAAUUACUUACUUAUGCCUUUUUACCCCGUUUGGUGGCAUAGGCCGUCUACAAGAAUUUUCCACUGAUCACGGUCCUGUGCUUUCCUUUCCAAUUGCUUGUAGUGUAUCCCAUAUUUUGUGUAUCAGCCCCUAGCUCAAGUCCCCAUGUAUUCUUAGGCCUUCCUCUCUUUCUUUUUCCCUGUGGGUUCCAUGUAAGGCACAUGUCUGGUGGUGCUAUCUUGAGGUUUUCAUAGAGCAUGCCUUAUCCACCUUCAUCUUUUCCUGUGCUAAAGGCUUUUUCUUCUUCAAAAAGUCUUGAUACAUUUGUAGUUAAAUAUUAUAUUUUGCAUUAAACUAUAACAAUAUUUUUUAGCUGCUGCGUAUCAAGCUGGAAAAAUCAGUGCUAAUCCAUUUUCCGGUCCGGGUAUACCUGGACCUGGAGGUGUCAUGAUUCCUCCACCUGGUGCUCGUAAGUACAUAUUUAUUUUAGACGCCCUUUUUUACGUCAUGCUUUUUUUUUAGUAUUACUUCUUUUUAUUUUAUUAAUUAAUUAAUUAUUUUUUUUUAGACAAUUGAGAUAAACUUUGAAGACAUGUUUGAGGAACUCAAGAGAGAUACCACAAAAGGGGUGGCUUUAGGUUAAUAAUAAGGCAUAUUGAUAUGCUAACAGUUGCUUAUUAAAAAAUACUUCUUGUACGCUAUUACUUGUAUAUUAACCUUUUAACUGUCAUAACAGUUGAUCAUCAGCCGCCUUCAAAAUUCGUAGUUAAAAAUGAGAAUGAGUUAAUGUAUAUUGGUUAAGGGCUAAUCACUCUAUAUGAAGUUUGUUUCAUACUUCCAUUUCCAUCUGUGUGUUAACAUGCUUUUAUCAGGGCUAUUUAUGUCAUUAAGCGGGUGUGAAAUUAUUUUGACAGUAUUUAUAUCUUAUGCUGGAGAGGGUCCCCCCUGUAGAUUGCAAAAUCAAUACAGAAUUUCUUUAUAUGAAUUAUUUCAAAUUGAUUCAAAUGAAAGCAUUUAUUUUAGAGAUAUUCCAUAUGGCUUGUAAUGACAGUAUUAGCUCUAGCAGUGAUGACGACAUAAGCAGGUAUUGACAAUUUUAGCCCUAAGUCGUAUUGUUCCAGACACGUUUGUUUGGGGAAGGGUGGAAAUCGAACAGAACAGACAUAGAUUGGACCCCAGAGACAUUCCCUGAAGAGAUUCAAAGACAUUAAUGUUUGUGUAUGUUCUGGGAUAUUAAUUAAUAAGAAAUGGAUUAACUAACUUCACUUCCAAUGGAAUUUUUAAACUCAUUUAAUGCUUUCCCUGUUUUAUUUUGUAUGACAGAAAUUUAAAUAUAGUGAAUUAAAACAAGUAUCACCUAUAAGCACCUAUAUUACAAUUUUCAAUAUAAGUACCUGUAACUUGACAUUUUCUGAAAGAAUAUUGCUUCUAGUAUCUCAAAACCUUCAUUUUAUGAUAGAUUGAACAAUUUAUUUAGUAUUAGGGAUCAUGAUUACAAGUUGCCGUUAAUGGAUGAGAGGCGAAGGUGGUAACCUCUAGCCGAUGAUUCUUACUACGCAGCCCUGAGAAGCUGCUCCAAGGCAACCGUUUCGUCCCAGCUGCAUCGCGAAUUAGUUGCGUUGUGGAAACCCACUGUAGAAUCCCUCUUAUAGGGCGUCUAACGCUUCCCCUGGAUGGGUGGGGGAAGAUAUUAGGACAUAAAUUUUUCCAUCCCGACUCCUGAGAAAGUCGAUUGUGUGCACUGUGUGCAAACACAGUGUUGGACCGACCGGGUGUCUUUGGGUUAGGACGGCCCCCUGCCCGAGACCCUGGUCGAGCAAACUCGGGUGGAAGCUGCCUGACAAAGGGACAUCCCCGACGUGCCGCUCCGCGGCCCGAUACCGGGUUGGGGAGGGGUGUUUUGGGGAUGGCAUAAAGAGCGCAAGCUCGAUGGCCCGCUGACGCCAUUUCUAAAUGUAAUAUAAUAUUUAGUAUUAGGUUGGGUUGAACGCAGACGUUGAAUAGUAAAAUUUUACCAAAUCUGUUAAGGUCUAGUUACAAUUUCAUUGUUCAUUUAAAGAUUAGUUGAUUAUGGGUUGUUUUUUCUUAAACUGCAUUAAAUCUGUUGCUCAUAGCUCACUCAUUUUUAGAACUGAGUCUUACAAAUUAUUAAAUUAUCUUUUUAUUGUUCUUGAAUUUUUAUUUUCUUUAGCCAAUAUCCCUAAACCAAUGAUGGGUGGCCCAGGCAUACCAGGACAAAUGGGUCCUUUAAGAGGACCUAUGGGACCAGGUGGGCCGAUGAUGCCAAUGAUGGGUCCAGGUCCUAUGGGGCCUAUGAUGCCAGGUAAUGAAACACAUUUUUGGUACUUCAUCUUUUUAAAGAAAAAUAUGCCUUUUAUGAGUAUUUUUUUUUUCAAACUUUGUAGCCUACAUUUGAAUUUUGAAAAUUAUUUUAUAUGGAGUAUCAGUAUUGAAAUUUUUUUUUUUGGAGCUGCAGCCAUAUUUAAUAUUAUCAUAGGGUUUAUAUUUUUUAAAAAAUUAUACUUUGAACUUUUAAAUUUUGGAAGCAUGAAAUGUAAAAUUCUAUAAAUCCUCUUACACAUUAAAAAUAACCGCAAGAAAGUGCAAAGGUUGAAGUGUGUUGAUGAUAUGUUCAUAAGUGUUAUUAAUGGAAUUAUGGGCUGCCAUUUGAAGCUGAAUGCGAUUGUUUAUUUUACAGGAAUGCGUCCAAUGGGCCCACCUAUGGGAGGACCUCCAAUGGGUAUGAUGCCAAUGGGCCCAAUGAGACCCAUGAUAAGGAAGUAACAAUAGCCUCAUUUCUUAUAUCAUCUGUACAUAGGCCAUUUUUUCAGCUGUGCAUGAAAUAAUGUGUGAAUGUUAAGUUUGCAAGAGACAUUUGUGAAAUGAUUAAAAACAUUGCACCAAAAUUUGAUGUCUUUUAUGGUUAUAUUCACAAAGACAUUUGUUAAUGAAACUACUUUUUUUUAAAAUGCGAUUUAAGAAAGUUUUUUAAUUAUUUUUUUUAUUUCAACACAAUUUUUAUUUUUUUUAUUU